AUGCAAUCCAAGUUUUGGGCCAAGGGCGCGGACGACGACAGUGGUGACAACAUUACUGAAUCAUCCGACAAUGAAGUUGAGGACAAGAAGCCCCUAGUAUCGGCGCAGGCGGAACGCUGGGCAGCCAUUGACAGCAGCAGCUCGGAGGAGGAAGAAAGAGUCAUAAAAAGUUAUGAAGGAAAGAGAAUAGAUUUUUACAAGAACAUUGGGAACAGCCUAAAUGACAGCAUGGAAAAUAGUGACUUUAAUCAGCUGCUAAAGGAUUAUGAGAGCUUGUACAAAUUUAUGGUGAAGGAAAGUUCUGAACGAAUUCCAAAUUUUGCCAUUGUCUAUUUGGAUAAACUUACAAAAUAUGUGGAGACAACAUUUCAGAACAAUGUGGAGAAGAAGGUCCUGAGUAAGAACAAGGCACAGACCCUGAACAAAUUAAAAGCAAAGAUCAGAAAAUGCACUGAGUUUUAUCAGAAUAAACUAAAUCUGUACCAUGAGAAUCCGGAGGAAUUUAAGGCCGCCAUGGAGGACGAGGAGGAAGAUGAAGAGGAAGAAGAGGAAGAAGUGGACGAUGUGGACGAAGAGGAUGAUGUGAACGAAGCGGACGAUGUGCACGCUGUGGACGAUGAGGAAGAGGGAAAAAAGAAAGGAAAGGACAAAGAUGAAAAGACCCCGGGAGAAGAGGACGACAGCGAUGAUUGGUCAAAUAGUGAAGAGGAAGCAUACGUGUCGGAUGACCCAGAUGAUAAAACAAAAAGUGCUAUGAGCAAAUGGGGAUUGAAAACAAGUGAAAAAGUAGAAAAAAAAAAAGCAGUAAAAACGAAGAAGGUGAAAAAGGAAACAACAAAAAAGGAAGAAAAGGUAACACAGGUGGACGAAAACCAGUCUGCAAAAAAUAAAGCAUAUGCAGAAUUAUUAAGCACCAAAAAUCUCUCAGAAGAAGUCAUACGAAAUAGAGUCAAAUUUGUCAUUGAGAAGAGAGGAAGAAAGGGAUUAGACAAACAUGAACAUAUUAACAUUUUAUCCAAGUUGUCAGAGCUAGCCAAAACAGUAAGCACACAGUCAUACAUAGAAGUACUGGAACAGCUGAUUAAUCUCGAAUUUGACGUCGUCUCAAGUGUGUAUACCUAUAUGUCGUUCAACAUUUGGAACAAGGCAUUUAAGUACAUUGAACUUAUCUUAGAUUUGCUAAUUCAAAAUGAGAACUUUUAUUUAGUAUCCAUAAACGUCACAGAAGAAAUUACUGAAGAGGUUAUAAAUGAGAAAGAGAAAAUUUCCCGGUCUUGUAAAACGCUCAUUUCGUUUUUGGCCAAAUUGGAUGAUGAGUUGAUGAAAGCGCUUCAAUAUAUCGAUGCCCAGACGGAGGAAUACAGGAGGAGGUUAGGAAAAACUGUGCAUAUGAUUGCAUUGCUUUACAAAGGAUACAAUUACGUGAAGUUUACCAAGAAGAUGCCUGACCUGGCAAUAUUCAUUUCGACAAGGAUUCUUGAGCACAUGUAUUACAAACCGGAAGCGCUGUUCAUGCAGAUAUGGAACUUCGUUACGAGUGGGAAGGGCAGCAGCUCCCCGUCGGUGGAUGCGCAGGGGACCAGCGGAGGAAGGAAAGAAGAAGACGCGGAAAAUAAGGGAAGCGUCAACCCAAAUGGAGAAGUCCAGGCAGACCAUUCCGCGCAAACGAAUGGCGACUGCGAUAAGCAGCUGAACGGGGAUGCCCCAAAUGAUGCAGAGAGAGUGGCCGCCAAAGGGGACGACAAAAUCUCGACAAAACAUAUUGUAGAAAAAUAUGUGUAUGAAAUAUUCGAGCAUGGAACGAAGCAACAGAAGGUUAAAGCACUGCUGCAAUUGUCCUUCCACAGAAGCUUGCACGACGAAUUUCUGGAAGCAAAGGAAUUAUUAAAUGUUGCCAAUGUACACGAACUGGCGCUAAGUUCAGAUUUGCCGACGCAGAUUCUGUACAACCGAAAUCUGAUUCAGUUAGGAUUAUGUGCCUUUAGACAUGGGAAAAUAUUCGAGGCCCACUGCUGCCUAGGGGAACUAUGCUCCCAGAAUAAGCACCGAGAGUUAAUCGCCCAGGGAGUAUCAAACGUAAAGAAUCAGGAGAAAACUCUGGAACAAGAAAGAGCCGAAAAGAGAAGACUCCUCUCAUUUCAUAUGCACAUUUCCAUUGAGCUAAUCGAAUGUGUAAAUAACAUCUGCGCAAUGCUGUUGGAAGUACCCAAUCUAGCCAGACACACAUAUGAAUCCAAGAAGGAUAUCAUUUCGAGGCAAUUCAGACGAUUCCUGGAUAUAUAUGACAAGCAAAUUUUUAAUAGCCCCCCAGAGAAUAAUAAAGAAAUUAUUUUACUAGCAACGAAGUAUCUGCAGAAAGGAAAUUGGAAAAUGUGUUGCGAAAAAAUAUUCAGCUUAUCCAUUUGGUCGAAAUUUAAUGAGAGGGAAAGGGUACAAACCAUACUACAGGAAAAAAUUAAACAGGAAGCCAUGCGGACUUACAUUUUUAGAUACAUCUCCAUAUAUGACUCCUUUUCUGUUGAUCAGCUAUGUAUCAUGUUCGACCUUAAUCAGAGUGUCGUGCAUUCUAUUCUGAGCAAAAUGAUGAUUAACCAUGAGAUUCCUGCCUGCUGGAAUGAAAGCAGCAGUCAUAUUCUCAUCAACAAGGUGAACCCCACGGCUCUCCAGACUGUGGCCAUCAAGUUGGCCGAAAAUAUCAACGAGGUUAUGGAGCAGAACGAGCUGACGCUCAACAUGCGCAACCCAAAAUUCAUGUUCAUGCAGGAGAGACGCACUCAGAUGAAGGACGAGAAGUCCAACUGGUCACACAAGAAGGGCGAAGGCAAGUACGGAAAGGGUUACCACCAGCACAAAAACAUGCACUACAAGAAGAACUACAAGGAGAGGAGCAUGCCCAGAGGCUUCGCGUAA